AUGUUAAAUGUUUAUCUAUCACCAAUCUAUGGGGAAGGGAAGCAACAUGCGCUUGUGCGCCUAGGGGAAGAAGUGGCCAAGCGGCGGAGUCGUGAUCGUGGUGGUAAGGUGGGGGGUGCCAGCACUGGUUCUAGUCAGACUGAAAGAGCACCGCAUCCAUCUGCCUUACUUCCUUACGGACGCGAUUCAGAUUUUGUUGAAAGGGGAGAGGUUCUCAAUGGGAUACACAGAAAAUGUGUUAAGCCGGGCUCUCGAACAGCACUAGUCGGCUUAGGUGGUAUCGGAAAAUCGCAGCUAGCCAUCGAAUAUGCAUACCAAACGCGCGAUCAGUCUGCCGAUACGUGGGUAUUCUGGGUGCAUGCGAGCAACGCAGCCCGGUUCGAACAGAGUUUUCGCGAUAUUGCCAACUAUAUCCAAGUUCCCGGGCGGCAGGGCAGUACCAACAUAUUCCAGCUCGUGCACGAUUGGUUGCGCGAUGAACGCAGAAAAUGGGUACUGAUCCUGGAUAACGUGGAUGACGCUGACUUCCUUUUUGAUCGUCGCGGCAGUCAGGUAUGGCAAACUAUCGGCGCCAAUAGCAGUAAAGAACAACCAUUAGCGUCCUAUCUUCCACAAUGUCCAAAUGGAUCGAUGCUUUUCACCGCUAGGAACAAGGACGAGGCGCGGAAACUGGUCGAAGACCGUGAUAUAAUUGUUAUUAAACCGAUGACGAUGGACGAAGCAAUAGCCCUGCUUCAGAAGAAGUUAGCGGCCCAUCACAACGAUGAGAACUUCGGCGAUCUGGCGGCUGCGUUAGAAUGUAUACCGCUUGCCAUUGUGCAAGCAGCGGCCUAUAUUACUCAGCGAGCCCCGUUUUGUUCCGUACAACAAUAUUUGGAUCGGUUUCGAGAGAAUGACCGAAAGAAAGAGAGUCUUCUGAACCGGGAAGGCGGCCAACUACGUCGCGAUCGAGAGGCGAAGAACUCCAUAAUUGUUACGUGGCAGAUCUCAUUUGAGCACGUCCGACAGGUCAGGAACUCUGCCGCUGACUUAUUAUCAUUCAUGAGCUUUUUUGACGGACAAGGUAUUCCUACCGUUCUCGUUCGGAACCGAAACGAGAGCACAAUCACCCAGUCCAAAUACGCCAAAAGGAAUGACGAAAAUCGGGAUGGAGCGGAUCAUAUAAGUGAUCAUGAUGAUAGGGAGGAAGAAAGCGUCUCGGAAUCUGAACCAGACGAUUCAUUCGAGGGCGAUGUCAUCGCUCUACGAAACUACUCGUUCAUUUCGGUUAGUAACGACGGAAAGACGCUUACUAUUCACGCACUAGUUCAACUGGCAACACGAAAAUGGCUUGCAGAAAACAAUCAACUGGACCAAUGGGAAGGUCAGUUUCUUCAGAAUCUGAACGCUGAACUUCCCAAUGGCGAAUAUGAGAACUGGGAAAGAUGUCAGUUAUUCUUCCCGCACGUAAUACUAACGGCAACGCGGAAGCCGAAGAACCGGGGACUGUGGCAUGAUUGGGCAUUGGUGCUAUAUAAGGGUGCGUGGUACGCGUGGAAAAUGCGAAAUGGCAUUCAAACAGAAACAUUAGCACUUCUGUCGAUGAAGGCCAGGAACAAGGUGUUAGGUGAAGAUCAUGACGAUACGUUAUGCAGUAUGGUUUUUGUAGGGAGAGGCCACGCGCUUCAAGGUCAGUGGUCAGCAGCAGAAGAGCUAGAGAUGCAAGUGAUGGAGACUCGCAGGAAGAAGCUGGGCGAGGACCAUCCACACACGUUAACCAGCAUGGCCAACCUAGCGUCGACGUACCGGAAUCAAGGCCGGUGGUCAGCAGCAGAAGAGCUGUUUAUACAAGUGAUAGAGACUAGCAGGAAGAAGCUGGGCGAGGACCAUCCACAAACGUUGACCAGCAUGGCCAACCUAGCGUCGACGUACUGGUAUCAAGGCCGGUGGUCAGCAGCAGAAGAGCUGUUUAUGCAAGUGAUAGAGACUAGCAGGAAGAAGCUGGGCGAGGACCAUCCAGACACGUUGACCAGCAUAGCUAACCUAGCGUCGACGUACCGGAAUCAAGGCCGGUGGUCAGCAGCAGAAGAGCUGUUUAUGCAAGUGAUAGAGACGAGCAGGAAGAAGCUGGGCGAGGACCAUCCAGACACGUUGACCAGCAUGGCCAACCUAGCGUCUACGUACCGGAAUCAAGGCCGGUGGUCAGCAGCAGAAGAGCUGGAGGUGCAAGUGAUGGAGACUAGCAGGAAGAAGCUGGGCGAGGACCAUCCAGACACGUUAACCAGCAUGGCCAACCUAGCGUCGACGUACCGGAAUCACGGCCGGUGGUCAGCAGCAGAAGAGCUGGAUAUGCAAGUGAUGGAGACGAGCAGGAAGAAGCUGGGCGAGGACCAUCCAGACACGUUGAACAGCAUGGCUAACCUUGCCUUCACCUGGAAAUCAUUAGGAAAAGACAUAGAGGCUAUCAAUUUAAUGCAAGAAUGUGUACGGCUUCAGCGGAGCAAGAUUGGCACUCAUCAUCCCGAUACCAUCAGUUCCGCUGAUGCAUUAGCUUCAUGGGCGGCCGAGGGUGUAGGCAGUGGCUUGGAGCCGUCAGCUGUCGGUGAAUAA